UCUUUGCUUCUUAACAACAUGUCCAGUGAUUCGCUCGCAUACAGAGGCCAGCUUGUCGGCCACCGUGACUGGGUCACGGCCAUUGCCACCACUGCCGAGGCUCCCGAUAUGCUCUUGACUUCCUCCCGUGACAAGUCUAUCAUCGUCUGGAACUUGGUCCGCGAUGAUGAGGGCAACUUUGGUAUUCCCCGCAAGUCCCUCCACGGACACAACUCUGCUGUCCAGGAUGUUGUCAUCUCCUCGGACGGUCAGUUCGCCUUGUCUGCUUCCUGGGACAAGACCCUCCGUCUCUGGGACCUCAACACCGGUCUCACCACCCGCCGCUUCAUUGGCCACACCAACGAUGUUCUCUCGGUCUCCUUCUCUGCCGACAACCGUCAGAUCGUCUCUGGAUCCCGCGACAAGACCAUCAAGUUGUGGAACACCCUCGGAGAGUGCAAGUUCACCAUUCAGGAGGAUGGCCACACCGAGUGGGUCUCCUGCGUCCGCUUCUCGCCCAACCCCGCCAACCCCGUCAUCGUCUCCGGAGGCUGGGACAAGGUUGUCAAGGUCUGGGAGCUCACCAAGUGCAAGCUGCGCUCCAACCACAUCGGACACACCGGCUACAUCAACACCGUCACUGUCUCCCCCGAUGGUUCCCUCUGCGCCUCUGGUGGACGCGACGGUAUCACCAUGCUCUGGGACCUUAACGAGGGCAAGCACUUGUACUCGUUGGAGGGUAAGGGUGACGAUAUCAUCAACGCCUUGGUCUUCUCGCCCAACCGCUACUGGUUGUGCGCUGCUACCUCGUCCUGCAUCAAGAUCUGGGACUUGGAGUCCAAGUCCGUUGUCGAUGAGCUCAAGCCCGAGUUCACCAACGUCGGCAAGAAGUCCCACCCUCCCCAGGCUAUCUCCUUGGCCUGGUCCGCUGAUGGCCAGACUCUCUUUGCUGGUUACCAGGAUGGCCUCGUCCGUGUCUGGUCCGUUGGUUUCUAAAGAAUGCGCUUUCUUUUUUUGAUGACCAUCUUGCCCUUACUUGGAGAAUUAAAUACAACAAAAACUGGAAGUAGUGUGAAGAAUCAAAAAUAAAAAGAAGAAUGGGACAUGCCAAAGUGUCAAUUUCUA